UUGUCUACAAGUGGACAAUAAUUAUUAUUAAUUGCUAUUAGUCAUGACAUGCCACGAAUUAUUUCUAUACACAGUUUCGGGUCGUUCAGAAGCAUGUUGAAAUAUAUUACUCUCGCCACGCAAUUAUUUUUCAUAAUGUGUGAUUCGAAACUUGAACCCCUGCCAAGAAAUCAAAUGAAAAUCAGAAAAUCUCUAUCGCAGUGUAUAACUGAAACAAGUAAACGAUUUUUCAACAAAGAAUUCGAAACAGUAACUUUUUCCAUACCCCUAGCUGAACCAAAACGGUUGUCUCCAAUUGCUCUAGACGUCUUUACUUUGCCAGAAUUGAGCAAACUUGAAAAUGCAGACAUCAUGAUAAUAAGAUUGGGUUCACUCAAGAAGACAUGGGAGAAAAUCAAAACGAUCAUAAUACAUUUCCGGAAUAAGGAAGAUAUGCUUGAUCAUCUGACAAAGCUCAAAGAAAACAAAUUGCUGAAUUCUUACGCGAAAUAUCUACUGGUGUCUACAGUUGUAUUCGGAGAGCCAUUUCAUGUAGCAGAGAUAGUUUCGAAAUAUAUGUGGACCGAAAACGUUAUCAACUUCGUGGUCAUGAUUGCCAAUCCGAUAAACACCACGCAGUUCAUCGUGUACACUUGGAAUCCAUACAGCAAUAACUGCGGUACUGAUUUUUCCCGUAGCACUCAUUCCACCGAUUAUUGUUCUUAUGGAAAAAUACAAAGUGAUAGAGAUUGGUUUGGUGACAAGAUUCCCAAAAAAUUAUCAAAUUGUACUGUAAAAGCUAAAUAUUGGGAUUUUCCUCCGUACGUCACAACAAUAAGGAACAAAUUAAGUGGUAUCGAAAUAAAUAUUCUGGAAAUAAUCGGAAAUCAAUUGAAUUUGAAAUUGUCGUUCAAUCCAGCAAUCAAGAUUAAUAAAAACACCGUGUCAGAAAGGCACAAUGCGGGAGAAAACCUAUCAUUUUUGAAAAGCAAUGAUACAGAUAUAUUUUUUGGAGGUGUCCCUAGAACUACCAAGAUUUCUCGUUUUUUUCCAACCAGCCGGUCACACAUGCAAGACACUUUGAUAUGGUGCGUUCCUAACGAACCAUUAAAGAACGACUUGGAGAAUUUCAUAACAGUAAUCAGCUACAAAGCCUUAUUUGUGACAUUGCUGUUUCAUAUUGUUACGAGUUUCUUCAUUUGGUUCUUGAGUAAAAAGACAAACAAAGAAACUUCCUCAUAUAAAAACUUCUUCGAGGUAUAUUUCAAUACAUUCGGGCUACUAGCUGGGUCCAGUGUCCCUAAGCAACCGCAAACAGUCAAAGUUAGAUAUUUCUUAAUUCUUCUCUUAUUUUUCAGCUUCAUAUUAGAUAGUUAUUAUAACAGCUUAUUAACAAGGAAUAUAACCAGACCGCAAUUCAAAGAGAAGUACACCUCAAUGAAAGAUAUAUAUGACAACAAUUUAAAAACGUACUUCAUACCUGAACAAAAAACAUAUUUCAAAGCCGAUAUAUUUGCCGUACCUUUGAAUGAAAUAAUGCAAAAGUGGAGAGACUGUUUUGAUAUCAGAGUUUGUUUGAAGUAUGUUUCUGAGGAUAUGGACUCGUCGAUAUGCCUUACUAAACUAUUCAAAAGCCUCAUCUUGAGUAACCAUACAUUGGAUAGUAUAUAUUGCAUGGAAGCUGAUGGAAUUAGCUAUCCAGUGACAAUGGUUAUGAGAGAGGGAUUUCCGUUUUAUCAAAGAUUCGAUGAUAUUAUAAAAAGGAUGAUUGCUGGUGGAUUCAUUGUGAAAUGGGAGAAUGACUUCGUUAAAGAAAUACACAAACCUUUGCAUCAUACGACCACUGGUCGAAUACAUUUUAAAAACUUACUACCGGUCUUUCAAAUCUACUUUAUAGCGUCAGCUGCAGCUACGUUAAUAUUCGUGGUGGAGAAGUUAUGCUACAACCCACAUUAGGGUCGAGUAGAUAAAAGAAAGAAACAUCGAUAUUACGAACACUAGAUUAAUCCUUAUGAAAUAACGCAUUAUUUGGAUGUUGAAUCAGUUUUCAUAAUUUACAUUUUUUGUUAGCACUAAUUCAACUAGUGUUCAGGGUGAUUUGUCAAUACACAUAUGUACAAACAAAAAUGUACUAAUCAAUAAAAUUU